GUUUCCCCUCCUUGCCUCUGUUUCUGUGUCCGUCUGCUUGUAUCUUAGCGCAGAUGAAAGGUAGUGAAGGAAACUGAGACAGUCCCUGCGCGAGCGACACUAUAGGAUAAUUGGAGCGCGUGAGCUGGUGUGAUGCGUCUGAAGGUAUCGGGUCACUGGCCCUUCUAUCAGCUGGACCGAUGACAAGAAGAAAUGAGCCAUAGCAAGUGCAGCAUCAGCUUUCAUGUGAAUGAACAAUUCCGCGUCAUUUGGCGUACCAGUCGCGCGGAAUCCUCGCAAUGAGCCGCAUUAUGUCCGGUGGCUCGUGCGCUGCAGGUGCUGGAUGCUGUCUCGCGAUGUUCGGUCUGCUGGUCCUCGCGCAGAUGCCCGGGGCCCUGACGUCCGACACGGAUAGCGACUGUUUGUCUGAAGAUGACAAAGGAUGUGAAGGUCUGUCUGAGAAGAAAAGUGACCUUCAUGUGUGUGAUGAAUAUAAUUGUUCUUUUGGAGGAAUAUGCAGGUACAACGGAUCACACCUGGAGUGUCUUUGUCUGUAUCAGUGUCCACAGAGCUUUGCUCCAGUAUGUGGGUCCGAUGGUAACACAUACCAUAGUGAAUGUUUCCUAAGACAAGCUGCCUGUGAACAGCAGACCGCAAUCACUGUAAUCACAGAAGGACACUGUCACGCCGAUGCUGAGUCGGCAUCAGGAGAUACAGAUCUGGAGAGUUCAGGACUGGAGCCCAGUAGAUUCUCCAAGUGUUCUAGCUGCAAAUUCGGAGCAGAGUGUGAUGAAGACUCUGAAGACAUUUGGUGUGUGUGCAAUAUAGACUGCAGUGGAUACAAUAUGAAUCCAGUGUGUGGAUCAGAUGGACAGUCUUACAGUAAUCCAUGUCAGAUCAGAGAAGCAUCCUGCUUGAAACAAUCUCAGAUUGAUGUCAAAUACCUUGGACAAUGUCCAGAUUCAGUGGAUCUAGUGGGCGGAGUCAGUGUGGGUGGAGCAAUGCCCUGUGCUGAAAUCAACAGCAGCUUUUGUCUGCAUGGAAACUGUGAGAUGAAAAAUAGCCUGGCAACGUGCAAGUGUGAUCUGGGGUUCUCCGGUGUGCAGUGUGAGCGAAGAGACUUCAGUGAAUUGUACGUGGUGCCCAAUGGACAGAAGCUUCAAUACGUCCUGAUUGCUGUGAUCAUCGCUGCUGUACAGAUCAGCAUCAUCAUCGCGAUCAUAAUAUGCAUCACAAGGAUUCAUCCAAAAAAGCCACGAGGUCGUCUUCAGAAACAGAACCUGGGACACUUUCCCAAAGAUGGAGGACGCAUGAUUGAAUAGCUGCUGAUUACUUUAAUACAAACACACAAACAACUGCACAACUAUGUUUUGACGUUAGUAUUUCAGUGGCCUUAUUUCACCCUGUCACCAUGAUCUUUUUAUUUUUAAAUCUCUUUCCACUUUUCUCUCCCCUUCUCAAUUUUGCCUUUUGUCGUCUCUCUCCCUCACUUUCUUACUAGUCCAAAUGCAGUAAAUCCACAUGGUGAAAUGUUUACAUUAGUAGAUUAUUACAUUUUCUGAACAAAAUUUAAGUGAUUCUUGCCAUGUAAAACAUCCUAGCAUGAUACUAGAGUGUUUGUAUGUAUAUUUUUGAGGAGAUUGUUUACUAUAACUUUCAUAAUCUAUAAUAUUUAUGACUGGAGGACAAUAUAACGGGCCAAACAAUCCCAUAGAUUUACACUGACUGAGGGCCCAGAGCCAUAUAUAGGGACCAGAAUUAUAUCAACACUUUGUGGUGGACUUUUUAAACUUUGGCCAGUAAGCAACCACCCAGAACACCAUUACAACCACAUAGAAACAUGUAAAAAAAAAACUCCCAGAAAGCCUUAGCAACUACAUAGCAAUGUCCUGUCAACCACAUACACAAUAUACAAUAGCUGAGGGUCAGAGGUUAAAGCAAAUCAGAGAAUGUUUGUAAAGCCCAUUCUUACUAUAAUCCGUUGUUUUCUAUUUAUACUUUGCCUUCUAUCCACCUUAUUUUUAACUUAAGAGCGGGUGUGGCCAUUUUUAACUUGAAUGUGCAAGGUUUCCGGUGUCAGACAACUCCAGUAUUUUUAACUGUACAAAAACAAUCCAUUAUGCUGCUUGAUAUUACAAACCCGUAUUUGUUAUUAUAUUUUUUAAAUGUAUUAUCGCAAUCAUAAAUACACUGGUUUGUUUACUGCACUUUGUUAUUUCUCUAGUUAUUUUACUCAUAGU